AAAUUAAAAUAUUCUCAGAUACUGAUCAAACGCGCGAAGAAACUCUGGGUCGUUGGCCUCUAUAGGUUCGUGCAGAAAAUGACCUCGUGUAUCGUGGGUGGCAGGACGUUCAGGUAUGUAAACUCUCCUCUCUUCAGUUGAUUGAAUGCUAUGAUAGAAGUAAUUGAAGGGUUUCUUGCAAGACGGACAUUCGCGUUUGAUGUGGCACCAAUCGACCAGACAUUGGAAACAAAAUACGUGACCGCAGUCAGGUAGGGACUUGUUGAUGUGCGGGCCCAAACAGAUUGCGCAUUGGCCGUCGUCGUAGAUCAUUGUGGUUAAUUCGAAACCGGAGAUAUUGUUCGGAUUAUCGUUUGCCAUAUUAAGGAAAGUUUUUUCAAUGUAUGAUGAUUAAUGGGAUUAUAGUUGGGUGAUAUAUAUAGCUUAGAGUCGCAGUAAGACCAUUCGCAAGUAACAUUUCCGCUCUUUCAUUUUACUUUUAAGUUAGAAAGAAAACAGCUACAAAAUUAAAUUUGAUUGAUUCAACUCCGUAAUGUUAUUACUCACAAUGUUCAAAAUAUUUUUCUUGGAUAGUAACGACCGCGCUUUUUCAAAAUAAGACGAAAUUCCAUCUUUUGGUCUGCGCCGACAUGGAAAUGGCUAAUGGCGCUCAUUUACUUUUUAAAACUAGUCCCAUUAAUCACUGAAAUUAAUUUAGAACGAAAAAAAAAAGGCCGUUCGUUGCAUGUUUUAGCUUAUUACUUUUCAGGUCACGGAUAUUACGUUGUCCCAGUCGGUAACUCAUUUAAAAGUUGAUUUCGGUUUAUUAAAUAACAGGAUGUCUAAGCUACACAUCUUUCGAAAUUUCAUGUAAAGUUUGAUUCAUGUGUACAGUAAAGCUCGGUGUGGGGCUAGGUUUGAGAUAUGACCUUCCCGGAAGCCGUUGACAGAACGGAAAGGUCUUAUCGUUUGGCGUGUAUGCUCAGUUGUGACAAAGACGGAGUUAGUCUUUUCUUGAGAAACCGAAAAAAGGAAACCAAUAUUUUUCAAAACAACAGCACUGGUCGGCCAACUGUCGCUCACGGCCAGUAAGACAACCUGAUACCCGCCUUAGCCUUAAUCUGUUUUUGUAUGUUUUUUAAAAAAGAUCGCGGGACGUCAAUAGAGAUCUACGGGAAGCGGCCUGGGGUCAUGGGGAAUGUAGACGUUAACAUUUCGGCAGGCGGUACUUCUAUAUUUAUUUUUCGUUUUCUAUUGGAAAUCUGACUGGUGUCUAUUGCCGCCGACAAUGAAAGCGGUGCGCUAAAGUAGUACAAACCGCAAAGAAAAAAAAAGCGGCAUAAAAGUGGCCGUUUUCAUAUAGACGCCGCACAUGAAUGUGCUCACUUUCUGCUCGAAAAAGGGUCUAGCCGUGUGUAUAGUUCCUGCUGCUCGUAAGAGUCGCAACUCUCCCAAACAGGUUGAGUUACCAGCACGCAUGGGUCAACAGUCUUCGAAGGUGGCUGUUCCCGUGUAGUCACGAAUCUUCUCCUCGCGCCUCAACUGAAUUUUUUGGGUCAAAUGCUACAAGAUGCGACAGACUUUCUUGCUCUGGGCUCUGUGUUUUUCGUCUCGUCUUCUCUGCGCUGUUGCUCAGGAAUCUAAAUCAACCAUCUCUUUGGAAGCCAGUGGAUACGUGCACAAUGGAUCGACGGUUCACUACGAUGCAGCAGCAGCUCAAUUGGAGUUGCAGCUCAAAAUGCUAAUCCACCCGUUGUCUAGCAAAGGGAAAUCGCAUCAGCGGGGAAACGACUACAGAGUCGAGUUGGCCUUGGUCGACGGUUCCAAGAAGAUGAUGAAUGAUCAAGAGUAUUUGGCCUGCAAUUUGGCCUUCUCACGAUUCGCUGGCUAUUGCAAGGAACGCCAUAUAUUCACUCCGAUCUAUCAAAAUUAUAGUCACAACCACACGAAUGACGUAACUGUCCAGUUUGACCACGUCUACAGCGGAUGUUACAAGCUUAAAAUCAAUCAUUGUUCUCAUGGAAGAUUCACCUGCGACUCGAACAAAUCUGGGGUGUUCGAGCAGUACCUAGGCUACUUGGAGACAAGUAUCCAAGACGUGAACGUCAGGCGAAUGAAUAUGAGCAUCAGUCUACAUCCAAGUCUAGGGGGUGUUGAAGUGGAGUUUGUCGUCAACUACUUGGAAAACCCGCAUCAGAUACUCAAAUUCAACGAAUUUGAGGUGAAAAUUAAGAAUCAAUUCAACCAUGCUGUGCGUAAAAGAAUAGUGAAUAGCAAUGUUGUCAACUUCCUGAACUGUACGGAAACGGACGCCAAUUGUAGCCUCUCGUCUUCAGAUAAUUCAGACAAUAAGUGCUUUUGUUUGCCGAUUGGAAACUACACAGUGGAGAUUGACGUCCUUGACAACCGGUGUAACCACCCGAUACAAACGUGCGCCAGCUAUCGAAAUCCAUGCAAACGACACACAAGGACACCUGUAUUUAUCGAUCUAUCCAAAAGUGAUGACCCCGUUUCUAUGACCGUCACGUCUAACGUCACUUGGAUUUGGACGAAUUUAUUACUAGGGCUGUUGGGCCUCGUCUUUAUAGCCGCACUCGUCUACUUUAAAAGUAGCUGUAUUUUUUACCGGAAACUUUACGGUUCAUCAGAGAUCACAGCUGAGCAGCAUACCCCUAUACCUUUACAUCAUAGCCCUAUCGUUAACACCAGAGUAUUACUCGUUUACGACACCAACGACGACUCGAUUCAGAAAAAGGCCUCAAUCCUUCGACAGCAAUUGAUCUGCAGCGGCGUUUCUAUCGUCUAUGAUGCUGGCGACCCAGAACAACAAGAAGAUGUCAUCAUCAGGGGAGAAAUCCACUGGUUUAACGGCUACAUCAACGAUCCCAAAGUCCGGAUCAUUGUGAUUCAAUCGACAGGUUUGAAUCGUUGUCACGAGGAAUUGAAUCGAGACCGACAUAACGGUCCACUGCAACAGGAUUUAGACAAAUUGUCAAGUCUAAUGUUUGUUCUCAGUGAACUGAUUGUUCUAGCCGCUUCGAUUCGCGAAAAUGGUCUAUACGGUCGUAUCUUCGUCAUAUCAUACGAUGACCUCAAGUGCAAUUCACCUCGUAAUCUAUUGACGCCUUACAGAUGCUACGAAUUGCCGGAGCAUUACCCAAUGAUGAUGGGCCAAUUGUUCGUUAAUCGCAAUAUUAAAAUGGGAUAAAUUGGGAUGACUUUGCUCACAUUUACCGUAACGAUGUAUUACGUAACGAUGCAUCCGUAACGAUUAAUAAGGACCUGAAACAAAAUGACUGUCUCAUAUUAAUCUAUCAAACUGCUCUUUCCAGUAACAUUUUUUAAUGCUUGCUGAAUUUGAAUGAAUGCUUUUGUGUCUGAAUGCUGUUCAUUUUUUUUAAAUUUUGUGCUUGUUCAAAAUUGCCAAAUCUCUCAUACUCAAUUUGUUAAUUAAAAUAUUAUAUUAUUACAUCCGUAUACGAUCAAGAAAGCUGAUUGCUGCAAUAAACUCAUUGUAAAAAUUGAAAAAAACAACAUUUUCUGGAUUGGAGGGGCGGGUUCGAUGAAUUGGACCACGUUUCACCUUAUUGCCAAGGCCAAUUAAAUUCCAAAUUCCGAGUACUGCUUUCCCUUUUCAUUUUUUUGCUCGUUUCAAAAUUUUGUUUUUACCUAACCUAUCCUCUAUUUCCAUUUUGCAGAGUUUCUUGGCCCUACCUUUCACUGAGUCACACGGGUUUCUCCAGCCAGCACUUGAUAACUGUCUCGCCUGGACUCGUGUGAUCAAACUCAUUUGGCCAGGAGAAACUUUCGCAUUCUACAGCUCGUUAACUUUUCUUUUGUGAAUUUCUAACUGGAUGCAAAGAGUCUGUUAAAAAAACUGCUUACAGCACUAUCUCCAUUUCACGUCUACUAAUGAUUACGUUGACGAGCUAAUCAAUAUGUUAAUUUCAUCGGACUGCUUGAGGACUGGAUUUGCUUUCGUUUUCUAUACUGUUAAAUCUGUUGCGGUACCAUUCCAUAUCAAACAAAUGUGAAAGAGAAACAAUGUUUAUAGCAAAUGAUGGAAUGUCGAUUUUGAUCUCUGCGCAUCGUCGCGCGCUCUGGGAAAAUGUCUAGCACGACAAUACAAUAUCUGCCUAUU